AGCAGGAGGCGUCGCAGGGGUUCUAAUUGCAUGUCGAAGGCAGCACUUUGAGACGCUAUGGCCACGGCUCAGCUCUCACACACUGGGCAGAAGUAUAAAACCUCUAAGGAAUCAGUGUUGUUUCCACACAAAAUUGCCACUGACCAGCAGUCCGUGGUGCUGAUGAAAAGGCUUUUGGCCAUCUCUGUCUCCUGUAUAACAUACCUAAGAGGGCUCUUCCCAGAGAGCUCAUAUGGAACUCGCUAUUUAGAUGACCUCUGUCUAAAAAUCCUUCGUGAAGAUAAAAGCUGCCUGGGGUCACUGCAGAUAGUCAAGUGGAUUCAGGGCUGUUUUGAUGCUUUGGAAAAGAACUAUUUACAUAUGGCUGUCCUGGCAAUUUACACCAAUCCCAAGGAGCCACAGAGGGUGACUGAGCUGUAUCAGUUCAAAUUCAAGUAUACAAAGGACGGGCCCCAGAUGGACAUUGUCAGCACCAAAAUGAGCUUUGCAAAAGGGAUGAGCAGUGAAGAGAUUAAGAAAGGCAGCAUCCUGCUGAUCCGUAAGCUGUACCUCUUAAUGCAGAACCUCGGCCCCCUUCCCAAUGACAUUACCCUCACCAUGAAACUCUUCUACUACAAUGAUGUAACUCCUGAUGAUUACCAGCCCCCUGGCUUUAAGGAAGACAGCAGCCCAGAUAACCUGUUGUUUGAUGGAGACCCUGUCAACCUGAAAGUUGGGUCCAUAUCCACUGGGUUUCAUAUCCUGAAAGUAAGAGUGACAACUGAGAGCAAGAGGAUGAGGACUCUGGGAAGCAGCCUGAUCCAGGAGAACGGCCCUACUGAGAUCUCCCAUCAAGGGCUAGAUUGUGACGAAGAAGAGAGUAGUACCAAGAACAAUCCUCUGCCCAUCAUAGUAGAGUCGAGUAAAAAUAGGAAGGGUGAAACUGAUGCAGAUCCAGGCUGCAAAAAUGAAGCAUCUUUUCUUAACCCUCAAGACACAGGUAAAAAAGAAGACAUGGGAGUGAAGGGGUCAGACAGAGUACCCUGCACUAAGGCUUCUCAGCAGACGUACAGCCUGGACCUUGCAUUUAGCCAGGAAGAGAUGAUGAAGCCAAGGAAGAAGAGGAAGGUCAGUGAGCCGGUGCAGCUGCUUCUAGCAGGCAGGAACUGAUAAUUGCUGUGGCAUAUAGGACAUUUUAGAAUGUGCUGACUUGGAUUAUAACACACCUUAUGCGUUCUUUUAGAGCUGUCUAAUCUUUUCUCUUCAUAUUUAACUCUCUAGACAGUGUACAUAUUUCUGUUUUUACAUAGGUUAUAUAUCUUCUGGUUUUAACCCUUUUAUUGAAUAGACAUAGCAAGCAAAGUUACUCUCACAGCACUGUAGAUUAGAGAUACUUGUUGGAUGCUCUGAAGCUGCGGACCAGUGAUCUCUUCUGGGCAGCUUCUCUGGAUUUCAUUCCCACACUGACUGCAUUCCCUUUCACGCUAACGUGGUCCCCAGCAUCAGUGGCAGUAUUUCAGGAUGAUCUUUCUAAGGUGCCAGUGUCUGCAAGGAGCACAAGUCAGAUGGUUCGGAGUUUGUACCUAACUGCAUCAAAUCUGCCAUUUCCGGAGAAUAGUUCUGGUUUGUUAUCUAUGGAAAUAAACUAUAUAGACAUUU